UUGUAUAUUGCGAAAAAAAUUACACAGUCACCUGCCUGCGAAGCUAUUUUUGAUUAUUCUAAAAACAAUGUUUAGAAACCAGUAUGACAAUGAUGUCACAGUAUGGAGUCCACAGGGUAGAAUUCAUCAGCUGGAGUAUGCCAUGGAAGCUGUGAAGCAGGGAUCAGCUACUGUUGGUCUGAAGUCUAAAACACAUGCAAUCCUUGUGGCCUUAAAGAGAGCAUCCUCGGAGUUAGCAGCACAUCAGAAGAAGAUUAUCCCCAUUGAUGACCAUGUAGGGGUGUCCAUAGCUGGCCUUACAGCGGAUGCUCGACUUCUAAGUAACUUUAUGAGAUCGGAAUGCUUAAACUCCAGAUAUGCCUAUGAUUCACCAUUACCAAUCUCCCGCCUCGUAUCAGCAGUUGGAAAUAAAUCACAAAUCCCCACACAGAGGUAUGGGCGACGCCCCUUUGGAGUGGGUUUACUGGUGGCAGGAUAUGAUGACCAAGGACCACAUAUUUACCAGACUUGUCCCUCGGCAAACUACUAUGACUGUAAAGCCAUGGCUAUUGGUGCCCGAUCACAGUCGGCAAGGACAUAUGUAGAAAAACACCUUGACAAAUUCUCUGAAUGUUCUUUAGAGGAGUUGAUCAAACAUGGACUGAGAGCAUUGAGAGAAACCUUACCACAGGAGGUGGAGCUUACUACCAAAAACUGCUCUCUAGGAAUUGUUGGGAAAGAUACAGACUUUACCAUUUAUGAUGAUGAAGAUGUACAAAAAUAUUUGGCAAUGAUUGAGGGAGAAGAAAGAUCUCGUGCCCCGCCCCCUUCAGGAGCUGAGCAGGCUGCCAUGGACACACAGGAGGAUGAGGGACAACAACCUGACCCCCAGCCUGCAGACCCCGCCGUGGAGGAGCAGGGAAUGGAACACUGACCUUGACAAACAUUAAUUUACACACAACCUAGUGUCUUCACACAUCUUACUGUUUAAAAUAGUGCUAUCAUUUGGUCCCAAAAUCUCAUAGACUGUCAAUGAAGAAGAAGACUAUAAAAAUACUUUGUAUGAUAUCUAUCCAUUAAACUAUGUUGAAAAAAAUUA